AGAAGAUGAAGACGUUUUUGGAAUGAAGGAUGAAGAGGGGGAGAUUACUGUCACAUUAGAGGAGGACGAAGAAGAGAAGACUGGAGAACUAAUUAACACUAGUAAAUACAGAGAGAGAAGUGACUAUCGAGGAUCCUCUGGGGAGCCUCAACAAGCUCAUGAUGCUGAUGAGGCAAAUAAAAGUCUCUCCAGAUCUAAACACCUCAAGAAACACCAGCAGAGACCCACAAGGAAGAAAACUCACCGCUGCUCUGACUGUGGGAAGAGUUUUGUUUCUUCAGGACAUUUAAAAUCACACCAGAGAACACACACGGGAGAGAAACCUUAUAGCUGUGCUCAAUGUGGGAAGAGAUGCACUCAGUCAACAGACCUUAAAAAACAUGAGAGAAUACAUACAGGAGAGAAACCUUUUAGCUGCUCUGACUGUGGAAAGAGUUUUGUUUUUUCAGGACAGUUAAAAUCGCACCAGAGAACACACACGGGAGAGAAACCUUAUAGCUGUGCUGAAUGUGGGAAAAGAUUCACUCAGUCAACAGACCUUAAAAAACAUGAGAGAAUACAUACAGGAGAGAAACCUUAUAGCUGCUCUGACUGUGGACAGAGUUUUGUUUUUUCAGGACAGUUAAGAUUACACCAGAGAACACACACGGGAGAGAAUCCUUAUAGAUGUGCUCAAUGUGGGAGGAGUUUUACUCAGUCAAGCAGCUUGAUAGUACACCAGAGAACACACACAGGAGAGAAACCUCAUAGCUGUGAUCAAUGUGGGAAGAGUUUUGUUUCAUCUAGCACUCUGACUACACACCAGAGAACACACACGGGAGAGAAACCUUAUAGCUGUAAUCAAUGUGGGAAGAGUUUUUCUCAGCCAAACGGCCUGAUAGUUCACCGGCGAGUACACACAGGAGAGAAACCUCAUAGUUGUGAUCAAUGUGACAAGAGAUACUCUGAUAAAAGAUCUCUGAUUAAACAUCAGAAAAUACAUGAAGGAGUUGUUUCAUGAUAUCAAUGAAUUAAUGUCACAAUGUAGAAUGUCAAUUUAAAUGCAUCACUCUAAAAUGUAACUGACUGUCUUCUGCAGGUUGUCUUCUAAUCAGUGAGUUAAAUUAUAUCUCCCAUCUCCAUGAUUUAAAAAAAAGUUGUGUUAUUUUCAACCGCACAUACAACCUGAUUUCCCCACUAAAUGAUAUAUCAGUGAUUUAUUGUGAUUCAUGCAGCCAACUGACAAUUUUUGGGUACAAUUAUAAUGACAUUGUUGCCCUGCUUUUAGAAUAUCAGGGUUAAUUGAUUAACUUUAUAUGUGUACGUUGUAUUGACCUGCUCCCUUAUAAGUGAAUAAAGAUUUAGUUUAAGAAUAA